GGCCGUUGACGCUCCGGAAGGCUGGCUGACACUAAUUGGGUCCCGUGCCCUCCGGAGGCCGGUGAGGCAGAUCCUGAUGCCAGAACAGGAGUAGGUGGUUUACCAGACCUAGGUGACCAGGGAGUUUCACAAAUAAACUCUCCAGCAAGUUUAAAUAUAAUUAGGCCCAACUCCGAGGAGGUGGAGUGCUGCUGUUGCACAAAAAAGAUGUCUAGCGGCUCCAGUGAAGUUGAUGUGAUAAGAACACGAAUACCUGCUUAUGAUGAUGAUAACACUGUUCUUUAUGCAUAUGAACCAAACACUGCAUAUGUCAAUAAUCAGGAAAGCGUGAUGUCUGACACAUCCUACAACGAAGAACAACAAAAAACAGUUAUGGAUGUCCUCACUCAUUGUCAGGUCAUCUAUGAUGCUAUUCAAAAUCUGGAUAAGAAAUUUGAUGUCAUUCAUGGAAAAGUUUCAAAAAUCCACCGUUUUCGUGUGAAAUCAUUGUGGCAGAAUCGCAAGCCACUUGGAUAUGCCUACAAAAAUUAUAAUUACCUGCUUUCCAGAAAGAUCAGAUUCCAGAAAAUGAGGAAAAAGGAGCCUCCUUCUUCAUUCUCUUAUCCUGAAAGUUAUAGCCCAACUAUGCCGGUGGAGAGGCCAGCAAAUGAUUCCCCGAUCAACCCUGUAGGAACACCCUACCAUUCAGAGGAGGGGUCCCCAGAACGGGAUCCGGAGUCACUCCUCCAGGAGCAGGAGCCGAAUCUGAGCCAGAGUCCGACACUACCAUCCAUGUAUUCUUCGCAUUCAUAUCAGCCAUAUUUCACACCUGAUGAUCCAGUGCAGGGCUCCUCUUCCAUGCCCUGCUAUUCCAGCCCAGGGGCCCACAGCACCCACAAUAUCUUCUCACCUACCCGACCUUCUGUAGCAGUAUCUGGAUCCAUGCUGGGUCAAGGUGAGCCCAGUCCAGCACAUAACCCGGAGAGGAUGACUUACCCAACUCUAAUGGAAAAUAAGAGCCUUGGCCGUACUGCCUCAUCUGUUUGUAUCCCGCCCAACGUUGCUACAAGUUCACCAAUUGGAACAGAACCAGGGAUCCUAAAACAAAGCUUCUCUGAUGACCCUUCAACCUGGUCCGUGGAUGAAGUGAUCCAGUUUCUGAAACAUACAGAUCCUCAGACACUCACCCCCAUCGCUGACCUUUUCAGGCAACAUGACAUUGACGGGAAGGCUCUGCUACUACUCAAGAGUGACAUGAUGAUGAAGUACAUGGGGCUGAAGCUGGGCACAGCUGUGAAGUUGUGCCACUACAUUGAUAGGCUUAAAGAAGAAAAGUUCUUUAACAAUUGA